AGGAACAGGUAAUAAGAAAGAAAGAAAAAAGAGAACGAAAAAGAAAAGAAAAAAACCCUCGAUUGACUCACUCGGAUGAAGCAGCAGCAGUGGCUGCUGUAAGUCCCCAUCGAUCCCAUCUCCGAAGCCUGUUGGGGCAUCCACGUUUCACGUCAUCCACUCUGUGCCCGGCCCAAUCCAGCCACUCCCUUCCCCUCUCUCCCCCCUUUAGGGACCCAACUGGGCCUUGGCCCCCCCCCCUCCCUGCUGAAAAAGUCAUGUCGAGAAAAGUCCCUCGCGCCGCUUUUGUUGAGGAAUACGACGAGGACGCUCGUGUUAUCAUUCCUGACACUCGUCAAGUCGCCAACAAGAACGAUCUGGGAUUACCUCCCGAGCCUCUGCUCGACGUUGCCAGCGAUUCCGGCUAUUCCAGUCGCACCGCCGCCACCGUCAACAGCUCCCAAUCCACCCCAUCAAGUCAGAAGCCUCCGGGCCCUCUUAAAGUCGACACCACCCCCAAGAGGGCCGACCUAGAUCGAGUUCGUUCCACCCGCAAAGACCGGGCAAAGGAAAAGGAACGGACGGCUCGCCCCGCGCGUGAUGACAGUAUGCAGGUCGGCUCCUAUCCCAGUGCCAGCCAUCACCACGCCGCCCCGAUGACCCGGUCGCCGUCUCGCUCCCGCCGACGCGAGACGGCCCAGGUGCGGCACUACCCGGGCACCUGCUGGGAGUGCGACCAGGGCCUGUACCACGGGUCGCCCGCGGCUGAUCCGAAACCGAUGGACUACGGCUACUACAUGUCCCAACCGUCUACCCCGUCGGUCGCAGACUACCCCUCCGCGUCCAGGAACACGCAGCGGUAUGCCGGUCCGGUCAUCCAAGACGUCAACGUCUCCCGCAGCAACCGUCCGCACGGCCGCGGCAACCGCUCCAGCUCCUACCAAGGCCCGGACCGGCCGAUGAGUUUCCACGGGAUGAUGCCGGGCAUGGGCGGUGGGAUGAUGUAUCACCCGCAACUGGGUCGUUACGAACACGGACCUCCGCUCUCCUCCUCCGCCUAUGCCCACACGCCGGCGUAUGCCUCCUCGCCCUAUGGUCCGCAACCGCAACCCCAGCCUCAACCCCAAGCCCAGCCCCAGCUCCCCUACUAUGGCCCAGAAUACCACCAGCCACAGGAGCAUCUCCGGGAGCGGUCCAUGUCCCGGACGCGGGACCAGAAGCGUAACCGCCGGGCGUCCGUGUACGGGGCCCCCACGGCCGACUACGACUACUUCGCACCCUCCUUCGAUGACGACGACGCGUUGGAGCCACCGCCCCCUCGCGAGAGCCGGCAGCGGAUGCCCUCCCACUCGAACCACGACCGCGGCGACGACUACAACCGCAUGCCCCCGCCGCCCCUCAAGCACCAGUCCCGGCCCCAGAUCAUCCAAAAGCGGCCCGAUCUCCCCCGCAAGGCGGCCACCAGCUCCUCGGUCUCGUCCGAGGACCAUCCGUCGCGGGGGGGCAUCGACCUGUCGGAUCUCCGGGACACCCUUCCCGAGUACGGAUACCGUCAGUCCUCUGGGGAAACCGUGAUCCCCGAGCGCCGAGGCAGUCGCCGCGACAGCCGACGCUCGCAGUCCUACCAUGAUCCGAUCCGCCCGUCUCGCCGCAUUGUCGAGAACAAUCGCCGUCGGCAGCCGAGUCCCAUCUAUGACUACGACCUCGGCAGUGACGAGGAUGACAUUGAUGAGAAGCAGCGGGAGGCAGAGGAAUAUCAGGCGACCCGGUCGGUCAAGUCGGCGGCUCCCGUGCCAUUGACCUCGGAUGCGUUGCUGAAAGCCAAGUCCUCGCAUGGGGCGCACCCGACCGCCAGCGACAGCGGCAGCCAGAAGAGCCGGUCGAACAGCAGCCGCGGCAGCGAUGCGCGCACGCAGAACGGCAGCGGCGUGGGAUCCAAGGCCGAGGAGGACAACAACAUCGUCAUGACGAUGAACGGCGUGACCAUGAGCUUUACGCAGGAGUCGGUCGGGGGAAAGCGGAUCAGUGUCCGGGCCGGGGAGACGGGCGCCUUAGAACUGAAUAUCGAAGGCAAGCGGCCCAAGAAGUACCUGACGGGGGGGUCAGACUAUACGGGGACGGUGGCGCGACGCGAGGCGGACGGGGUACGACGUCCCCGGGGCGACCGCCGGUCCGACCGAGCCAGUCGACGAUCCAGCCAGUCCGUGUAUAGCGGACGGUUCUAGACUCUCCAACGCCAACGAUCUAUUGCAAAAGUUUUGGAUUUCGGGUGGGCUUUCUUUUAAACAAUCAAAAGUUGAUUCGGGAGAAGAAAGAAAAGAAAAGAAAACCCCAAAAGCUGUUCAGAAGAAGGGACUCCUUGGAAAAUGAGAAAAGGAAAGACAUCAUUUAUGGGCGGCAUUUUCGGUUUGAUUUAUUUCGGGUGUUGGAUAUAAAAGAGAAGGGGCGGGUUCUACGGCUCUGACCGAUCACGUUCCAUCAUGGCGACAUGAUUGUACGAUUCUGAUGACCUGCAUUACGGUGUUCUUUUGGUUUUACUGUUGUCUGCAUGCGUUGUACAGUUUGGCCUGCUACGCUGUGUUCUGCCAUGUUAUGCUAUGCUGUUAUGUUGUUAUGCUUAUGCUUGUUUAUGCUGUGAUGUUGCGUCUGCUUGGUUGGAAAUGAAAAGGCAGUGGUCACGACAGAGGUAUACCCCUUGGAUUAUUGAUUUAUUUGUGGUUUGAUCUUGUCUUGCGAUGUCACUCGUUGAUCCAAAUACAUACUUUGAACGUUGAGUUGAGAGUAGUCAGAA